UUCUCUCGCCCUUUCAGCCACAGGCCGCCUUAAAGGAUGUGUCGCCAGACUUCCUGUAGGUUUGUGGUGGUUGCUUCUCCGCAGCAGCUUUGCUCUUGCGAGGAAGGGCCGUGCCAAGCGAUCCGCUUUCCUCUUGUGGGUCUGGGGAAUGCCGGCUGGGUCUGCUGAAGGAAUAGUUUCAGCGUUGGGGAGGAAGAGCAGAUAAUCCAUAGGCAGGCGGAGGCAUUGGGGCCUUCGUCCUUCUUCCCUGCCUUCAUGAGGACUAGAAACCCGGAGGAACAAACGUUCCCCGGAGAACAACGCAGGAUCUCGAGGUGGCUGUGUCAGCUGUCUCUAGACACAGUGUGGCAUUGCUGAUUGUCAGAAAGGAACGGUAGCGUGCCGUUCAGUACACCAAGCUGAAAUCAAGCACUGUACCUAAAAAAGAGAGGCUUUCCAACUGCGUGCUAAAACUUUCAAAUUUCUGGCUAAAAUGGACUUUUCCUUCAGGGAAUGGUGUUCCUGGAUUGGUCAAAGAACGCUGUUCGGUGGCGUCAAGGGAGGAAAAGCUGUUUGUGGACUUAGCGAACGACAGCCCAAAGCCGGGCGGGGGGAAUCAGUAUGCAUUUCUGUAGCAAGAGAGUCGAACGGUUUCUAAACCCUCUACAGCAAGAGUCUUUAUCGUUUUAAUUGAAGUUCCCAGAUGUCCUGGGAAAACGCUCUGCUUUAAUCAAAGUUCGUUCAGCGUCAUGCUUUUCUUGAGCAUGAAGAAGAGGAAGGCUCUCUGUGUCCUUUGCACUCAUUCCUGCAGUGACUCAAGAAAUGCGAUGAGUAAAAAGUUGGGCAGAAUAACCAGCUUGGCAGGUUCUGGAAGUCUGGCCAAACGCUGGAAGAGAAAGGACCCCCCCCAAUUCUCCUAACCGUUGACUGACGUUUCCAAGAUAUCAAGGGCUGCGGCUUCUCUUGAAUUUUUUUUUUGCUUUUUUCCCCCCUCAGCUAUUUCAUCACCCCAUCAGUGCUAUGAGAACCAUUUUAUAGGGAGGCCCCACAUGCUGGGGCAGACCCUGACUGACUGACCCCCUGCGCUUUUGCUCCUAGUCCUGAGGACUAGGAACUUGGCAAGGCAAGGCGAUUUUGUGAGCCAAACCAUUGCUUUAAGCUGCCUGUUGUGCUGGAACUUUCCAGUGGCUUGCGUCAAAUCUGGUCCUCGUGUCAUUAAAUAAGGAAGAAGAGCAGCGCGGCCGAGAGGGCUCGGCUGUGCCUUUGACAACUUUGGGCAAAAAUAGAAAGAUUUGAGAACAGGUUGGCUUUUGUCUUCUCAAGAUUCAGAAGCGAAGCUUCCGGGCCCUUCCUGGGUUCUGAAGCUAGUGACUCCAUUUAUAUUCUAAAUCACAUUUAUAUUCAAUCAGUUAUAUUCUUUUCUCUAAUUGAUCCCCCCCCCCCAUUUUGUGAUGUGUGAUGAUGGGGCUUUAAAAGGAACCUUUCUGUGAAUUCUAAAGCGGGGGCUUUGAUGUUCCCAUCGUAGAACGAAGCCUUCCUUGAUUGUGUGGUCAAAAAGCUCAGCGCUUUUUAGAGGAACAAGCUGAGCAAAGAUCUGAGUCUCGUUAUGGGGAGGAAGAGGCGAAGGGCACAUCCAGCUCAUUCAUGGGGAUGUAAGCCUUGCUGCGAUAAGAGAGAUGCCGAGCAUGUGCAAAAGGGAAUUGAAGAAGGAAUGGAAGGCUGGGAAGGAGGGAGCAGGAGCUUCAGUGUGUAAGAAAGGCUUGAGAAUGGCUCCAAUCUGGGUUAGGCGGUCUCUUCCUUCACAGGGCCUGGGGGUGUGCAUUUCACCCGCACACUAGCAUAGAGUGAACAACAGAGUGUCCUGCACAGACAGUUAUUUUUUCUUCCCCUCUCACAUACCAACAGAGCUGGCCUUGUGCCGGUGCUUAGCAGUGAUCUCCAAACCAUAGUUGCAAAGUGGGCUUGCAAGCCGUGAUUGUCUGAACCAGCCCAGAUAGGGGUAGAGGGGUAGGUCUCUGCUUCGGCUUUAGCUCAACGCAGGUUCACAAAGCUAUUCCGCCCCCCCUGGAAUGAAUUCUGCCAGUUUUUAAUUGACGACUCUUCAAAAGCCAUUCUUUGCAUUACAAUCCUGGUUAAUGGCCUCCUUUGAUCACCUUGCCUCUUUAAUCAGCUUAACUAUUAAAGUAUUAGAAAUCUUUACCCCUGCUUUCACGCAGCUUGGCCGGGAAGCAGAGCCCAAUAAUGUCGGCACAACUGGUGGGUUUCAUUCUUUUGGGGAGAAGCGUGGAGGCAGCAUUUGCACCAGAAGCUGUGAUUCUUUGUCAAAACUCAGUCGGAAUAAUUUUCCCAUUUUCGUCGCCAAUUACGUUGGUGCCAUGUACUAUUAAAAAAAGAAAAAGAUGGAUGGAAAUGGUCUGAUUUACAAAGGUAUAUGUUAAAAUGACUGUUAGGGGGCAAAACUGCAUUCUGUUUUCUUUCGUUUCUCUGUAUACCUUCUGAAGCUGGCAAGCAACAAGGAGGCCAAGCGAGAUACCAGCCUCAACCUGGUUUAGAUCUCGUGCUCAGCCUGUACGAUGUCCUUCAAGGGGCUGAGAAGUUGGCAGGCUUGACCAAGAUAGCAGGGCCCCAGCAGAGUAGCCUGAUAAGAUGGCCUUUUGGGCACAAAAUAGGCUGGAAAGUAAUGGGCUUGUUUUUGAGCACUGUGUGGUGUGCUUUCCCCCAGUGUGUUGUCGAAGCAGGUGUCUUCUCAGUGCAACUCCUGUCCAUAUCAUGUCUCCGUGCUAACUGGCGAUCCUUGAUUGAGAGGCAGCUUGGAUUAUUUGGGAACGCUUUUCGAAAACAGCCAGUUCUUCCAGAUGCUACGGAAGCUUGACAUCACACUCCAGGAGGCCUUAAAGGGAAGUUAACCAGGAAGAGGUGGCGCGCAGCCUUACACACUUUCUCGUACUGCAUCUCUUCUAAGCAAGAGGGGUUCUGACUCAAGGUUUUAAUCCAGCCUGGCACUCAGCAGGGAACCGGGGGCCAAACUCGAAGAGAGCGAUUCUGGCCGGCGAGCCCAACUCCUUGAAGGAGAGAAAAACGUUGGCUUGGCCAGAAUAAAAACAUCAGCAGCUUAAUCUUGAAGGGAGACAGAUCAAUUCUGCGGUAAACGCAGAUAAAUCCAGCGUCCUGCUCCCACCAGAGCAGCCACCGAACCGAUGCUCUGAGCCUCUUGUAAUUUGUAGCAGCAGAGAAAGAUCUCUCCAGAAACACUAUCGUCUGGUUGAUAAGAACGUGAUUGGAGUCUCGAGGGGGGGGCAGACCAGUCUCAGUAGCCCCAGGAUCGGGGGCGCAUCGGUUGUUUCCUUCCAUGACCGGUCUCCAUUUUUCUUCUUUUCCGGAGAAGACGGAUGGAUGCUUUUCGGCCCAGCGUUCGCAGGGAAUGAGCAUGAGUAGGACGGCCGGACGGCCCGCCGUUCCCCUGAGACAGCCGUCCCGUUUUCCAGCCGAGCCUGGCUCGUUUAAAAGAAAAGGAACCCAGAUGCGAAGUAACCCGCCUUGUCCCCAAACAGGACCGUGGCAGUCGGCUGGUUAAAAUUCCAGCUUUGGUGCACGAUGCAUCGGGCAGGAAGCCGGGGCAAGGAGGCUCGGGCGCCUGCUGAGGAAGAGAGGCCGGCUCUCGCCCUCUUUGGCAAGAAGGGCCGGAGGAACUCUCUGCUACUUGAUCUUCCCACCCAUGGCCCCAGCUGGUUCUUCCAUGGCUCCUUGAAGACCAGGGAAGCGUGGCGAGGGAAUAGUUGCCGUCGGUAGCAGAUGCACAAACUUUGCUCUCUCUCGGGCAUGGUGGUGCCAUGCGUCUUCCUCCUAACUGUGCUCGGAGUAGAAGUCACCAGCAAAUCCACCGACAGCUCGGAAUCUGAAGCAGAAUGCUGCAUCGAUACAAUGGAAGCCAAUAGUACCUGUCUUGCCAACAGCCAGUGCACUCCAGGCUGCUACAGGCGGUGGAACGCAGAUGGCAGCAGCAGCUGCGUGAAAUGUGAGAAUGAAACCCUCCCCGCAGCUCCGGUGUACAACCUGACGGACUGCCAAAAUGGUGCUGCCCGGGAAGUGAAUCCUUUGACCAACAUAACUGCCACAACUCCAGUUACCCUCAAUGUUGGAGGUCCAGAAGUAGCUGCUUCCCUCAUUUUUGGGACCUUCUUGAUCAGCCUCUUCCUUAUCCUGUGUGUUGCGUCGUUCUUCUACCUCAAACGUGCCAAUAAACUCCCCAAUCUCUUCUAUCGAAGAAGCAAAGGGUCCAUUGUACAGUCUGCUGAAUCAGCAUCCAUGUUAUCCCCACCUUCUUCAAUCCGGAAACCCCGCUACGUCCGAAGGGAGCGUUCGCUCGUGACCUCCGGCACCAGCACGAUCCUGUCCGCCGAGACUCGGGUCAGCAACGUGUAGCAGCCAAGGCUUGUCCCAGCCCGCGAAAUGGGGACACCGGAGUUUGAUUAGCCUUAGGAGAGAGACGGUCGGAGCGACUCUCUCGGAUGGGACGCCAAGUUCGUCUUCCUGCUUGCCAAGCCGUUGCGACAGGUCCCUUUGCAAGUUCAACCUGGGAUUUCUUCAGCCGCGACGGAGGGAACCGCUUUGAGGAAGCGGCCAUGCUUCGAGAUUAACUCAAGUGCCAUAUUUUGGGGGCGGGCGGGCAGCAUUUUGGGAAAUGAAAUCACACUGCUUCCCAGAGGUGGUUUUCUCAGAUACAGGCUAGGCUCCUAGAAAGCACAUUGCCUCCCUUCCUGUUCUGUAUUUUUCAUAGUUUGACCGAGGCCUUAAGCUCAGGGCAGCACUGCCAUUUUUGAGCAUUCAUUGGUUUGCUUCUCUCCUUUUAUCUUUGCAUCUGGAAGGGACCGAGCCAAGGUCCUCCUCCUCUGGAAAAGCCCUAGCCUGCUCCCCAGGUUCUUCGGGGUGCUGGCCAGUCCCCAUCUCGGACAGGCCAGGCCCGUCUUCCCCCAUAGCCAGCCUUGGAAGCCUAGAGUAAGUUCUGCAAGGAGUCAGCAGCUCGCCUCAUGGCCUCGGCUCGCCAGCAGUGAGGAAGGUGGGGAAUUGGAACUACUCUCUUGGCCUUCGGUUUGCUGCUCCGUAAAAGUAAAUCUAGAGCCUUCAGGCGGGGCCCAAACCCAGUAGGUGGUUUAGCUUCCGGAUCGAUGCGUGUCUCCGUUUUCCCCAUAAGUGAACUUGCUUCCCCCCCACCUGCACCCUAUGCAGAUUUCCUAACCCCAGUUCCUUCAGUGACUUUAUGCAAAUCGAAGAGCGCAAGUUCUGAACUCCCCAAAGGCGAUGCAGAGAAGAUCAACAACUGUAAAUUGCCCCAAAUUGCUCCUCCUGCCUCUGUAAAGGGUUUCUUCAACUGUUUUUAAUUUGGGGGUGGAUUUGAUUCAGGGCAGGUUAUCUAGGAAGUGGAGCACAGCACCCAUUCCUAAACAGUCGGCGCCCUUGCCAGCUGUUUGAGCUGGCCACAAGACGGGUGUGGUAGAAGUCACAUGCCUUCCUUCUGUCUUUUUGCUAAAUAAGGAUGUUGUGUUCUCCUUGCCUCACUUUCCGUUAAGGCCUGGGCACUUGUGGCCUUCCAGAAGUUGUCAGAAUACAAAUCCCAUCCUUAGCAUUGGCCACGCUAGCUGGGUUCAUGAGAUAAAAUCCAAAAGCCUAUGGCCAACCACAGGUUCCCUAGUCUUGCUAUACAUGCAUCUUUCAUCUCCCUUUUUUUUAAAUGUGAGUAGUAUUUGUUGUUACUGAAAUUGCAUGGUUAUUAUUUUGGAUUCUUUCCUCCCCUUGAGCUUUUUAUAAUCCCUGUUGGGGGAAAGUGACUUGGGAAGAGCCUAUGGAAGUCCUGAGAUUCUUUUUCCUCUUUUUUACUCCCUCUGAUUGACCAAGAUACUAUGCAAUGAAACCAUGCUAUCUCCUUACACACGAAGCCGGUCCUUUCCUUCCUGGUGCAUUUGUGGCUUGUUUUAGCUAGGGUUAUUUUUUCCUCUCCGGGCAGACUUUUAGCUCUUGUUUCAUUGUCUGGUACCGUGUUUCAACCCCAAGGACAUGCCUUGAAUCUCCGACCCAUAGCAAGUUUGGAAUUGUUUCUUAUUCCACGAUUGUACUUUUCUUUCGGUCGUGCACAGACGGAACUGCACCAUCUGCAGCGGGGAAAAAGGAUUUGUUCUUUCAGCAGAAAGGGUGAACAAUUUUGAAGUGAGCCAUUUAAACCAAAACACUGGAAUAGUUGCAGUUUCUUUUCUUUUUCUUUUUUUUAAUUCCUUCACACCAUUGUGUCAAAUGCAAAACGCGUGGGUUUGUAUAUACAUCUUUAUUUUUUCACUCCCUCCUCUUUCACCUCCCCCCUUCCCUCUGCCUUGAAUAAAAGCACACCGAAUCUGACAUAUUUUUAAUGUUAAAAGAAGACU